AUGGAGAAAGAUCAGAAGAGAGAGAACCACAAGGGCAUAACGGUUAAUGUAGCAUCUUAUACUUAUGUUUCGAUUUCGUGUUGUUGUUUCGACAUAUUGUCGCAGAGAACGAGAAAUCCAUUUCGGGACGACGAAUAUCUGCCCAUUAGUUCAGAUUCUUCGAUUCCAGUUUGUGGCCUACCAAGAGUCCGUGUUACCGGCAUUCCGGAGCAGAAAGAAAAUGUUGGGCGAGAAUCGCCGGAUAAGUUUGACGUUCUUGUUCAGAUAAAGGCGCCAUCCAUGUCCGAAUAUCCAGAACAUCCCCUGAAGCGCGCACCUAUAGACCUCGUUAUGGUGCUCGAUAUUAACGAACGUGUCGACGCAAUAAUGCUGGCUCAUAUCAGAAAUUCUGUUUGUUUCGCUAUUGAUAACUUGGGCGAGCUAGACAGGCUUUCGAUAGCGUGGUCUUGCCCUCGGAGAAUUUUUCCCCUGCGCAGAAUGACCGAGAAAGGACGCAAGUACACGAAGCAAAUUGUUAGAGCGCAUGUCUUCGCUGACGGUCCAACCGAUGCUGUCGAAAUUCUAAUGACGGCUGCUCGGAUUCUCGAGCAAAGGCGAUAUCGGAAUACGGCGGCGUUCAUCAUAAUCUUGUCUAAUAGGAAAGAGCCUCCGGCGUCAUCGACGAAUCGAGAAGAGCCUCUAGACUACCUCGAUAAACUACCGGAUUCCAUCUAUCCCUAUCCAGAAGCGAAUAACGCCAAACGAGACGUAUUUCCGGUUUAUUCAUUUGGCAUUGGCGUCGACCACGAACCUGUAGCGCUGCACACGUUAUCUUCGACAACAGGCGGGACUUACUCAUUUGUCGAGACGACGGAAAUUCUGCAAGAUGCAAUCGCCUAUUGCAUCGGUAACCUGCUCGCCGUAGUCAAUGUAGAUUUUAGUAUUACGUUUACGCGAGGCACGGCUGAGGUUGUGCUUGUAGAUGUCAAGGCCGGCGACUACUAUACUAUCGUCCGCGGCAAGGGAUCUUCAGGAGAUAUCAAAGUACAGAACCUCUUUGCCGAUGAGACGCUAUCGUUUCUGAUUGAUGUCGCUGUCAAUAGACGCACGGUCGAGCGAAUGGAAUCGCACCUAAUUUUGGACUGGAAAUACAAGGACGCAGUGGUGUCGAGUGGAGUGGGAGAAGUGCAAUAUCGUUGCACCAUCGACUUGCAUCCCAUAAGUAACAUCGCGGAAGUCGAACUUAAUCGGAAGAGGACGCUGCUGCUCGGCGCGGACUGGAUCGACAACGCCUUAAAGAUAGCAGAAGCUAAAGGGGUGAAAGAUGCGAAGAACUUUUUGUUCACCGAAUGCCGAAACUGCAGCGACAGUGUGUAUAUGUGGAUUUUGGAAAGGAUUCGCGAAGUGGCGCGACGAAUGGCUGCAGAGGACGGGAUGGUUAGAACAGGUUGGCAGGCUUUUGGGCUAUCAACUCUGAGCGCAUGCGACACGCAGAGGGCGGCCACUACGGGCAGCCGCGCACAAGGGGCCGAGUUUGAUCCAUUCGGGACACCAAAUACGGUGGCUAUGGUGACGAAGUCGAGAUCGGUACAAAACUAG